CCGCAAACGAGUCAAACCCAGCUCUAGGCGAGCCUUUCAGCUUUCAGUCCAUGUCGUAUGCAGCAAUUCUUGCGGCGCCAAUGCCGAGGUGCAAAGUGGAGCACAUAUAUGAUGCUUGUCUUCAACAUGGCGUAGCAUCCCUUCUUCACUGCACUAUGUAAAGAUUUGUUCUGUGGCACCAAUCUGCACAAUUCCUGUCUUUUGACCCACUUGCUCGAGGGUGGUUCCCUUGACGUUCCUGAAACCUAUACAGCGCCUACGCCCCAGGACUAUCGCAUACUAAAUCCUCUCGGAGCCAUAACAGACAUAUCUCGGAACAAUGGCCAUCAUGCUCGAUUCUAAGAGCGCUCAGUUCUCAACUCCGAUCAUUCUCGGCGCCCUCGCUGUCCUCUACAUUGGUUAUAUCUUCUCCAAAUCCCUGUACACUAAAGCUCGUAUCUCUCGACUUGGGUCCCGGGCGCCUGUCCGAGUCUCAUACGCGCCUUGGGGUCUCGACAUGGCGUAUGAAGUCAUUAGCUGUGCGCUAAAAGACAAGACCUAUGAAAUGUGGAUUGGGAUGUUCGACAAGUGGUGCGGUCCAGGCCGAUAUACCAUUGAGGGUGGCAUCGGCCAGCGGGUAAUCCUUACUGCGGACCCUGAAAAUAUCAAAGCUAUUCUUGCAACACAGUUCAAAGACUAUGGCAAGGGCGAACAAUUCCGGCAGGAGUGGCAUGACUUUUUGGGAAAUGGUAUCUUCACGACUGAUGGUCAGCUGUGGCACAAUUCACGCCAACUUCUACGACCUCAGUUCAUCAAGGACCGCCUUAGCGACAUCGAAAUCUUCGAAGAGCAUACGCAGGUGCUCCUGUCCAAGAUUGGACGGGGUCAAGAGAUUGAUACGAUUGACCUAAUGUUUAGAUACACCCUGGACGCUGCUACCCACUUCUUGCUCGGGAAGAGUGUGGACAGCCUUAAAAAUCCUCAAACCGCGUUCGCCGAUGCAUUUUUCAAUGCACAGCGCGUACAAAGCAAUGUGGCGAGACUUGGUCCCCUCAAUUGGCUCAUCCCCAGGAAGCGCAUGGGCUUUUACUCAUCUCUAGACGUUAUCAACAAUUUCGUUGCCACAUAUAUUGAGCAGGCUCUUGCUCUUUCACCGAAAGAACUCGAAGAGAAGACAUCUCGUGACGAUGGCUAUACCUUCCUCCACGCCAUCGCUGCCUACACCCGCGAUCGAAAAGUGCUGCGGGAUCAACUAGUCUCGGUCCUGCUUGCCGGCCGUGAUACCACAGCAUGUACUCUUACUUGGGCAAUCUACCAUCUUUCCAUGGCUCCGGCUAUCACGGCAAAACUACGCCAGGAGAUCGUCGAUACAGUGGGUCUUGAAAGGAAACCUACUUAUGAGGAUCUGAAGAGCAUGAAGUAUCUACAACACAUUUUGAACGAGACACUCCGUUUGUACCCGAUCGUUCCCUACAACAUCCGCAUUGCCCUUAAAGAUACCACGCUCCCCAUAGGCGGUGGUCCGGAUGGCCAGCAACCCGUCGGUAUCCUGGCAGGUACACCAAUCGCUUACUCUACACUUGUCAUGCAACGCCGAGUAGAUCUCUACCCCACUCAAGAGUCUGGAUUCCCCGCGGUAGACAAGUUCGUGCCUGAAAGAUGGAACAACUGGCAUCCACAGAGCUGGCAAUAUGUGCCAUUCAACGGAGGUCCACGGAUUUGCAUAGGCCAGCAGUUUGCGUUGACGGAGAUGGCGUAUACGCUUGUGAGAAUGUUUCAGCGUUUCGAGAGGGUGGAGAACAGAAUGAACGGUGAAGAACCCGGGCUACAUGCGGAUAUUGUGUUGCAGCCUGCGAAGCAGGUCAAGGUUGCUUUCUAUUGAGACUGCGCCUGCAUAGCAAUGCUUGUCAUCGGGCAUGACUUACGAUAUAACGAAUGAACACAUUGGCUUUGGACUUCGAUACACUUAUAGGGGCCUUUAAGUGAUGUAUUAUGCGAGCU